AUGAAAGCAAUCUCUGCUACUAUCUGUCUAUUUGCGGUAGCGUGCCUAACAGCUCAUGCCAUCCCACAGCAAGAGGGCGAAACUUAUUAUGCAGCUGCUUUGCAGCGCGAGUGGGAUCAGGAAGCUGACACUGUUAGUGAGCUGGAGUACAGACGCAUAUUCUUGCUGAAGGAAUCGGAAAUGCAAGUUGCGGAAGAUACUUCAGCGGCCAAUGGCCCAGACACAGCCGCUAAUGUUGCUGCAUCGUCGGUCAAGUGCGACAACGGUCUUGAGCAGCUCAAAAACGUUGCUCGAAAACUGCCUGACCAGCUGGCCAAGGAUUUGAACAAACUCACUGGCUCUUCCCUUUUAGCUGGGGCCUUGAAGGUCGCGCUCGCUCCUGUUGCUGCCGCCGCUGCAGGAUUCAAUGAACUCACAGCCUUCGUGGUCUCCGGGAUAUUUAAAGCCAUUGAUGCAAUUAAAGCUGCACUCAAGCCUUUUGAGGAUGUCAUCGGCUUCAGGGUUAUUAUCAAAGCAAUGAAGAAAGCUCUUAUGGCUCUCGAAAAGCUCGUUGAGAUGGUCACUGGAUGCAAAAGGAAUGGUGGAAAGAGUGGUGGAAAGAAAGGAUCUAAACCUAUGGCCGAGGCCGGGCUUGAAGCGAUGGAUGGCUCACAGUGCAAUGUCAUCGCAGAGAUAUAUCGCGGAUUGGUCAAGGACGCUCUUACGAACAUGCCCGCUCCCUCUGCUUCCGCCUCCGAUGACCAGAAGCGUGUUGCAGCUGGAUCUGCUAUGCUGUUGGACUUCAUGGACAAGUACUCCAUCGCUACCUCAAACGAUGCCUUGUUGUCAUCACGUCCCAUCUUCUCUGCUGACUUGUUGGAUCAGUAUCGUCAGGAGCUCAUCAACUUGGGUGAGACUGAUGAAGUGAAGGAAUUUGCACGCAUCAACUUGGCACUUACUAUCUCCAUGAGUAAUGCUCUCGAGGCAUGCCUCAAGCUUUCAGCUGAUCCCACUGCAGCUAUGGAGGCUUGGGAUGAAGACUUUGAGACAUCCCAUGAGGUUGAGGAUGAGGUUGUGAAUGAAGUUGUGAAUGGCGAGCACCAGGAGUUGUAA